UCACAACUUUCUUUUUGGUUUCCUCACAAGCACAUGCACAUUCCCCAACCAAUUCUCCUUUUCCUUUUUUUAUAAAAUAACUCUCCCAUUUGUAUUUCUUAUUUAUUUCACCAUUAACAAAUACUCUCCAACUUUCUUGUGUUUCUAAACACUCAAACACUCACUCACUCACUCCCAUUUCUCCUCUUCCAUUUGUCAGUGCCUUUCACUUUCUUCAAACCAAAUCUCUGAACUUUUCUUCUUCUUUCUUCUUUCUUCAUCUUCUUCUUCCUCCAUUUCCAAUGAUUGGUAAUUUCAACCCUCUCAAGGAAUUUACUUUCCAUUUUCUCUCAUCCCUUCCCACUUCUUUUCUUUCUCUUCUCCUUCUCUUCCUCUUGGCUUACAACGGCCUUCAUGUUUUCUCUAUUUCCCCACCCUCACCGGAGAAGACAAUUCCUCAUCCCGCUCCUUUCUCGCCCCAAAAACGACCCACUGCCGAUUCCACUUCAACCCAUCUUCUGUUUUCCAUUCAUGAAAACCAUCCACCACCGGUCUUAAAAUCAAAUACCUCUGUUUUUCAUCAUCCCCACCUCAAAUCCCGGCCCGCAAAGAGAGUCGGGAAGCAUAAGCGCCGCCUGCGAAGUCUCCGGUCGGAAUUGAAAGAAAGCGACUUUUCAGCGAGGAUUGAAGAGUUUUUCGCAGCGAAUUCCUCAAAAGGAAAGCAAAUUCUUAGCCCAUUUUCGGAAAUGGGAUUCUCCUUGCUGGCAAUAUCGCCGGAUUUCGAUGUCAUUUUCAAAAACACGGAAGCAGAGCUAUGGUUCAAUCAACUCCAACAAGGAAUUGUAAAAGCUGGUGAAAUUUCUUUGGGUCAAAAUCUCUCAAAUUUACUCCGAUUAACUCUGUUAUAUAAAUUCGGAGGCAUUUACAUCGACACCGACGUGAUAAUCCUACAGAACUUCACAAAUCUUCGAAACGCAAUUGGGGCUCAAACCAUGGAUUUGAAAACAGGAAAUUGGAGCAGAUUGAACAACGCAGUGAUGAUAUUCGACAAGAAUCAUCCACUUCUACUUCAAUUUAUCAAAGAAUUUGCCACAACAUUCGACGGAAAUAAAUGGGGACACAACGGACCUUAUUUAGUAUCGAGAGUAAUAUCAAGAUUGAAUCAAAAUAGUGAGUUUAACUUGACUAUUCUUCCUCCAUCGGCGUUUUACCCGGUUGUUUGGAACAGAAUCAAAACUUUUUUUCAAGGUCCAAAAGAUGGAGUUCACCUGAAAUGGAUAAUUGCAAAAUUGAGACACAUUCAAACAAAAAGUUUGGCUCUACAUUUGUGGAACAACCAUAGUCGAAAGCUUCAAGUUGAGAAGGGAAGCAUCGUUGAUAUUAUAGUAAAUAUGAAAUUAUGAAAGUAUACUAUAGAAUUCAAAAGCUUUUAAGUUCAAUUGUGUGAAAUUUGUUUAUGAUAUUAUACAACAAAUUUUAAUAUAAGUCUGAAAGUGGAAUUAAAAUUGAAAGCGAAUUCUCAUCGGCCAAUCAAUGGAGGCCACCCACUACUAUGGUUGUGUAUUUAUAACUUAUAAGCCUAUGGGUUGUGUUCUUAUUAAUUACAAUAUUAUCUUCCAACUUUAUUUCCGAAA